GAGAACCAAACCCGGUCCAUAUUCCGACCGAACCUCAGAUUCUAAUAACACAGAUUCUCUAAUAGAAAGUUUUCAGUCUCAAAGCUUAAAAACACAAUAAGUUCUGCACCGUUGCGUGCCCUCACUCAAUUCCACGAAACCCUAACCCUAAAUUGAUUCUCCAAUGGCGCAAAACGAUUCACAAUCCGAUAAAAAUCCCCAAACCCGAUUCUACAAUCCAUACAAAGACCUCGAGGUUUCUAGCCGAAAUCUCUACCAACUCCCAACUUCUCCGGAGUUUCUCUUCGACGAGGAAGCUCUCCGUAAACGCCGUUCCUGGGGCGAAAAUCUCACCUUCUACACCGGAUGCGGUUACCUCGGUGGUUCAAUCGCCGGUGCCGGUGUCGGACUCGUUGACGGAGUUCGAUCUUUCGAAUCCGGAGACACCACAAAGCUCCGGGUUAAUCGUAUACUUAACUCCUCCGGACAUUCGGGUCGGACUUGGGGAAACCGUGUUGGGAUCAUUGGGUUGCUUUACGCCGGAAUCGAGAGCGGGAUCGAGGCUGCUAGGGAUACGGAUGACGCCUGGAACAGCGUUGCAGCGGGACUUGGCACGGGGGCUCUAUAUCGAGCAGCGAGAGGAGUGAGAUCGGCGGCGGUGGCCGGAGCUGUGGGUGGAGUUCUUGUUGGAGCUGCCGUGACGGCAAAACAAGCAUUGAAACGAUAUGUGCCGAUAUGAAAUGUGAGUGUGAGAUUUAAUCUUUUCAUUUAAAGAAAAAAAAAAUCAUUUUUGAGAGAUAAUUGGUGUUAGUUUUAGUUAGUAGAAUAUAUAGAAUUGUUUAAAGAAGUUAUAUACCAUAUAUGUUAUGGUCAUCACUCAUCAGGUCAUUGUGGUUAGUAGUUAAUGCUUCCGUUGCAAACUAUUUGGUUUAAUGCCCAGCUGGAUUCUGGCUUUCUGCUCUAAAUCUAAUGUAUAACUUUGUGAAGUCCUGAUCGAAUAAAUAAUUAUAAUUAUUGGGACGAAAUUUAA